CACAUGUCAUUUUAAAAAUAAUUCUUAUGUUCAAGGAAAAAUGAUUUCGUUUCGAAUUGUAUUAUUAAUUUAAGCGUAAAUAUAACUUAAUUUUAAAUGGGCUGCCCUCAUUAUUGUGUAAUCCAAGAAUGUUAAAACAGAAAUAAGUGAUAAACUGUGUAAAUAUUUAGCAUACUUUCAUAAAGAAAUGUGAAAAUUAUAUUAUAUUCGUGCCAAAUGACCAAAGUAUCUAGUCCGAUGACUAUUUUAUAUCAGACUAAAAUGCGUGAUAUCGACAGGGAUGAGUUAGAUCGGAUACCCUCAAAAGACAGAGCCACAUAUUUGGAUAUAUCAGGCUUUGUUAUUUCGAUUGUUAGUCACCUUAUUGAUGUAAUACUGGACUUGAAUUUAGCAUACAGAUACUACGAAUCUGCAAAUGUGGGAAACUUUGUUACAACAAUGGGUUUUAUUCUUAUUCCCGCCAUGAUAAACACAGCUUUCAGUGUUAGGAUGUACGUGUUGGACAGUGAAAACAAAAAUAGGCACAGUACUUUAACCAAAAAGUUAACAAAACAAAGCAUCUGCUAUGUUAUUGUUUUAAUUUUCCAGCUGGCACCAGUUUUAAGGUAUUUUGAUGCCCUUAAGUAUUCAUGGAAAUCAAAGCAAGCCGAAAAGAACAAAGAUCCAGAGAAUCAAAGGAAAUACUAUGAACUUAUGGUUAAAGAGGAUUCCGAUGUGGCCUUGUUGAGAGUUUUGGAGUGCUUUUUGGAGGCUGCUCCACAGCAAAUACUCCAAUUGAGUAUCAUAUUUACAAGUCAUGGAAUGGGAAAAUUAAGUACCCUCAACAUUGUCCAUCAAUACCUCUCCAUUGGGAGUAGUUUUGUAAGUAUGGCUUGGUCAAUGGCUUCAUACCAAAGACUUUUAAGAGUUUCUCUUAAGAAUAAAAGCAACAUUUCAUGGAAAGGAACAGUGGUGCAGUUUUUAUGGCAUGUCCUUGUCACAGUUUCAAGAAUACUUUGCAUCAGCGUUAUGGCAUCGGUGUACCCAGUUUCCACAAUCGCAGUACUAAUGAUCCAUUGGUUUGUGAUGACGUUUUGGCUCUCUACAAGUCAACCGAACAACUUUUGCGGGCACAACAGGUUCUAUGAUUUCCUAUUUUUCUCGAUAUUCGGGGCGGUCAACAUUUUCACUCACGUCGUAUUAGUCGACGGUCCAACGUGCUGCAAGUACACUCUGUUCUACUUGGUGCUUUUUUGCGAAAACAUGGCGGCCACUGUCGUUUGGGUGAUCAGUGCCGAUGACGACUUAAAACAAACCAUGUACUUUAAGCCGAUCAUCUAUGCAAACGUCAUACCGUUUUUGAUAGGCAUUAUUUUUAUGAUUCUAUACUACAAGUGCUUCCAUCCGAGUACUGUAUACAGAACACAACCGGUCGAAAACGGCACCAGCUAACAAACUGCAGUAUUUCGCUGCUUUUGCGAGUUAACUUAAUAUUUAGAUGAAUCUCAUCGAAUGCAAAAAUAGUUUUUUUUUUCAUUAACAGCAAGGGGACAUUCUACUGUUUGUUAAUCUUUAAAAUAAGGAAGAAGCAAUUUUAUCCCUACACAGAAAAUAAUUUUUUAUACCAACAACGUCUUCAGUCUUUAUUUUGAUAUAUUGUAAUUAUUUUAAAACUAAUAUUACCUACCUACACCUUUAAAACACAGCUGACACAAUUUUUUUAAAGCGUUUCCAUAAAAUUUGUAUCAUGCCUUCUCUGAUUAUUAAUUUGUACAAAAACUGUUUCGCAUUUUUGUGUAAAAUUUGGCUCGAAAAUGUAUACAAAAUUUAUGAAUUUGAAAAUACGCAAAUUCUUAUUUUUAAUAGUUAAUUGUUAAUUUGACAAUAAAAAACAUUUGGGCCAGGUAUCUUAACCACUAGACCAUGCAGGUUAUAUUUUAUUCUAAACAAACUUUUUACUAAGGCGGGCUUGGAAUGUCUGAGCAAAAUUCCGCGCGCGUUUUCAAUGACAUAAUAACAAUACAUUUUAAGGUUUAUAUUAUUUCUCGUUAUACAUUUUCUGUCAAUAUUUUAGCAGAACUUGAUAAAAAAUUGUAAACAUUUAUAAUGCAAAUUUAGUGCAAAUGCGUUUUCAUGCAAGAUUUGUUUCAAGGGAAGCAUAACCUAAAAUUUAAUUAAUAAAUAAUUUUAACUUACUUAAUGCUAACAGUUAUCGCGAUUUAAAAAAAUGGCCUUCAAACUUAAAGCUUAUCACAUAAAGCCUCACUAAAUAACUAUUUUCUACUCUCACCUUUAAAACGCCCAUUAUCGUACAUGUUUCCAUGACACUAAGUGACCUUUUAAAUACACUUUUACAAGUUGUGACUUUAUGGCGUUUUAGUCACGGGCUGAAGUUAGCAACAGGUUUUUAGUCACGGGCUGAAGUUAGUUUUAAGUUAGUUGACAGUUGUCAAAUGUCAUACAAUCAUCUUGUAAAAUAAUACUGAAU